CCCCCGCUGAUCUCGUACUCAGGAUGCCGUGCCAUAAUCAGCAAUUGAACAAUGUCAGCAGUGGCCAGGAGCACCCAAUGAAGCAAGUACGGUUUGUAAACAGCAGCAGCAGCAGCAGCAGCAGUGUCCCCUCAGUGCUGACCAGCUCUGAACCAAGUGAUGCCACCGCACAGCCUGUCAGCCAGGACAACCUGGGACCUCAGCUCAAACUGCUUCCUCUGAACGACCAGAUCCGGGAAUUACAGACUAUAAUCAGAGACAAGACAACCAGCAGAGGAGAUUUCGUGUUUUGUGCCGACAGACUGAUCAGACUAGUAGUUGAAGAGGGCUUGAAUCAGCUCCCCUACUCAGAGUGCACUGUGACCACGCCAACAGGUUACAAGUAUGAAGGUGUCAAGUUUGAAAGAGGCAACUGUGGCGUCAGCAUUAUGAGGAGUGGUGAGGCCAUGGAGCAGGGCCUCCGGGACUGCUGCCGCUCCAUCCGCAUUGGCAAGAUCCUCAUCCAGAGCGAUGAGGAGACACAGAAAGCCAAGGUCUACUACGCCAAGUUCCCCCCAGACGUGUACAGAAGAAAAGUGCUGCUCAUGUACCCUAUCCUUAGUACAGGGAACACGGUGAUCGAGGCAGUGAGGGUGCUGAUAGAGCAUGGAGUCCAGCCCAGACAUAUUAUCCUCCUCAGCCUCUUCUCCACGCCUCAUGGAGCCAAAUCUAUAAUCCAGGAGUUCCCAGAUAUCACCAUCUUGACCACAGAGGUUCACCCAGUCGCUCCGACACAUUUUGGACAGAGGUAUUUUGGCACUGACUAAAGGGGCAACCUGAGGAACAUGAUCUGCAAUCUGUUGUGACUGUAUGUUGUUGCUUAUUUAAAUGUGUCUCAUGUUCUCCUUGUUGUGCCAAAAACUGUGACUUUAUCUCCAAAGUUCUAGACGGAUGAAAAAUUAUUAAUCAGAUUGUAUUUAUAUUACUGUGUUUUUUUUGCGGCAUAUAGUCAUGAUAUAGAAAGAAAACAGCACUGAACCAUGUAAAGAGUUCAACUUGGAGCAUUUUAUUUUGCAUGUUACAACAACUGAUGGAUCAAUAAAGAAUUUAUAUUUGUUAACAGACAGAACAGCAAAUGAAACAGUGUCAA